AUGGCAUCGUCGUCUACGGCGGCAGCCCGGGAGCUCCAGCGCGACCUCGAGAACCAUGCCAACGCCCUCAGCAAGAUCCAGAAAGGUAUGUGCGACGGACCGUGCAGAGAGGGCUUCCUAUUCGCGUUGAAUGAACCCUAAAUUGACAUCGCCGUUUGAUCCUGCGAUCGGCUACUCGCAGACAUUGCGAAGAACCACCAGGUGAGGAAGCAGUACACCAUCCAGCUCGGAGAGAAUGAGCUCGUGCUCAAGGUAAUUUAGUCCUGGCCUCUGGAGUGCGUAGGCUCUCUACAUCCCUCGAACGGAUGUAUUGAUGAUCGCUUCAACUUGUGGGCCUACUGGUUCCAUUCCUUGUUUCCCUGCUCAGGAAUUAGACCUACUGAAAGAAGACGCCAAUGUGUACAAGUUGAUUGGUCCUGUGCUCGUGAAGCAGGACCUCGCCGAGGCCAACGCCAACGUCCGCAAACGCAUAGAGUACAUCUCUGGCGAGCUGUAUGCAUCGUCCGAAUUCCCAAAAAUUCUUGGCUUGUGGCCAGCUUUACGAAGCUCUUGAAUAAUUUUGCGAAACUGAUAUCACUUGGGAUAAUUCCUGUGUGUUACUAUAGGAAACGUCUGGAUGGGACACUUCAGGACUUGGAAGACCAACAGAAUAGCAAGAGAGAAACGGUUUGUUCCGUAUUUAUUAUUCAAUAUUCAUAUUUGCAUUGCUGAUUAUUUUGCCGAAUGAGUUGGACGCAUGAUACCAGUGGCGUAAUUUCGUUAGGUUUAUAUCUGUCCCCUGUUACAGGUAUGACGAAACUCCCUGCAUACCAUUAGUUGUGAUUACUGAAGCCAACAAGAACUAGCUUUCUUCUCUUUCUUAACUCAUUUAAUCUUUAUAAUUGGACAUUAAUGGAUUCUGCGGGUUGUACAUUUCAUUCUCUUCGCCUGCAAAAUAUGGUCCUGUUUUGAAUUUUUUUCUAUAAACUCUUCAGGAUAGUGUUUGGAGUCAUAUGUCUACGUGCUUAUUCUAAUGUGAAUCAGGAAUUUUCUCCCUCCUGGAUCCCUAGAUGUUUAGCAUAAUACAACAACUUUUAACGUAUUGGUACCGGGAGCUAUACAUCUUCAGACAUGUUACAACUAACGUCGUAAUGACAUGGAUGCAUACCUGAGCUAGUCCUUGAAUGUGACUUCUAGGAGUAUGGACAAGAAAUAUCUUUAUUGAUCAAAAAACCACUCAUGCUAAACUUGAAGUAUUUCUAUCAGGAAAAGAAUGCCCACUAAAUAAUUGUAAAAGGAAACAUGCCUCUAAUAGGACACCCCACAGAAGCACGUGUGGGAAGAAACGGAAAUCUUCAUGCUGCAGUAGUAGUUCGAUUCUCUAAUGCCACUCAAGUCCUUCCAGAAAGCUGUGUAUCAAUACAGAAUCCAAGGAGCAGACUGUGGUGGGAGUUCAGGGUUUGAUAAUGCUCGGAACAAGCAAAGGGAAAUGCCCAGACAAUUGACAGCUUCCUGUUAAAUUUUUUUUAAACGUUUGUGGGUCAGAACACAACAAUGUCUGCCGAUUCAACUGUCAGUUACAGACACAUCUGAUCCUUUAUAAGAUUUGAUUGAAAAUAAUGCUUAGAAUCGGAAGGAGACUACAGGAACAACUGUAGAACCAGCCUUCUCGCCUCCCUGCCUGCCUUUGUCUCAAGAAACAGUUGCAUCUUUUGUCAGUGGUUGUCUCCAUCUCCAUUAGUUAUCACAACUUCUUUUAUUUUAUGAGAAAAGGAUCAGUUUGUGUUGGGUUGAAAGUAUGAGGGGAUUUUUUUUUCUUGUCUUUCUUUUCCAUGCUAUGGUAUCUCGGUAAACUAAUAAAUAUGCAUUUUAGUCUUUGCAUGAUUCGUAUUGAAUAGGCAAGUCGUAUCAUAACACAUUGUGUGAUUCGGCCCCAUUCCCUCGCAAGUUAGGCUACUUCGGUUCUGAGUUUGGCUUACUAGACUUGACUGCAAUUGUCCUGAUCUAACUGUGUGGUGGCGUACUCAUCUGAUUUCCAUCUUGGUUCUAUGAUUAGAUAAGUAUAAAACCCAGGAUCAUUCGCAUAAACCAUGAUAACCCAACAGCCACUUUUCAGAAGGUGCAUCCACUGAAAAUUUACACGAUCAUUCUCUUUAAGGUACUUGCUAAUCGUGGACUCAGCUCAAUGAUAACUCAAUGAGCUUUACUUGUUUUUCACCUUUUUAUGCUAGCUUCUUAAUUUUUUUUAGUACGAAGGUAUUUUACAAGUUUUUAAGAUGAUAUAGAAAUCCCUUUAUCUAGAGUUUAAACUGUCCAACUUCUUGUAAAAUUGUUCAUAAAGUUGUGUGCACAUUUAUUGAGUUGUCAUUUUCUGUGUAUAUCCUAUAAAUAUAUCUGACACCCCUCAUUAUCUCACAAUAAAUUUAAAGGCGGGCUUAGAACAUUUCAAAUAUGUUGGUGUCUUCCAAGCUUUAUGCACUGUUUGCAACCAUCAGAAAUACAUAUCAAAUCUUUUUCCGGCUUGUUCAGUAGAUAGGUUCUGGGCCCAAUUGUCUGCACUUCAGUGAUGCCAUUCCACAUCUGGCUAGGUGUAAUGGUGUUUUCAUCAUCUCUAUUCCUUUCGUUCUUCCUCUUUCCUUCUCUUUUUUUUAUCUGCCUGUUUGCCUGUGUGUCUCUGUCUGUCUGUCUGUCUGUCUGUCUGUGUUUAUGUGUGUGUCUCUCUCGCUCUACAUAUAUAUAUAUAUAUAUAUAUAUAUAUAUGUAUAUAUGUAUAUAUGUAUAUCAAGCACCUUCUUAUAUAUAUAUAUAUAUAUGUAUAUCAAGCACCUUCUUUACCGCAUCCACCUGUUCUGUCUCUUUUAAUCAUUUCUCGUUUCCCUGAAACUAGUUGGAGGGUCUGGGGUAGAGGAUCAACCUUUCUGUAUCCUUUUUAUUUCUGUUGCCAAGACUCUUCUUCCGCCGAUUUUUGGAUCUGGAAAAUUCUUCAGGAGGAGCCUGAGUUUUUGAUUCCGCAAUGUUCUUCUGUCCUUCAUCUUCUCCAAAUGCUCCGACGAGAUCAGGUGGGGGAAGCGCAGUCCCAACGCUCGUGUCACUGCCGGCCUUGGCCGCUCUGUGUUGCAGAUCUCCGGUGUAUCCAUUCUCGUUUUCUGAUUUGUUGCAUAUAGCACAACAGCCCUGCCUUUUCUUUCCUUAUGUAAAGGAGGAAGCGACUGGCAAUUUUGUCACUCCACAUCUCUCUUCUAUUAGGUAAGGUUGUUGUACGAACUAGAUGGUGUGUCCCUUAACCUCAAUUCCCGCUCUUUUUCUCUCUCAUUUGAUAGUGGUGAGGGUUUGAUCAACGAUCUUUUCUCCUUUUAGGUCUGUGAUGUUGGUAAUGGAAAGAAAAGGGAGUGCUUGAUCCAUCAUCAUUCUAGGUCGAUUUCGGUUAGUAACAGAGAAGGCCAAAUUAGUCAUCUGAUAGCUUCACUGUGGAAUCCGUGGAAGGGUCAAUUGUGAUAGCAACUCCUCUUCCGUUUUCUUUCAUUAAUGGCAAGUUGAGGCCAAUCAGAUCCAGAUUUCUUUCAGUUCGUUCUCUCUAUACCUUUUCCCGUGAUUCAUCUUACAUCAGUUUAUUAGAUGAAAGCAGAAGGGGAGGUUUGGUGAUUGAAUAAACGGGGAUUAUGGAAUGUGUUUGGUCAGCAUCAUCGUGAUUUUUCUGCAGAAAGGGAAAGCGACUUCGUUGGUUGCUUGUCACUGUUGUUUUAUUAUUCAUUUAGGUUGAACCUUUAUGAAAUUAACGACUUUUAGGCUAGCUAUGUCAUAUGAAGCACAGUCUUGGGCUGGUUAAAGUGUUCUAUUGAAUCCUGGGCCAGUCGUGAGAACAUCAUCUAACUCUUGUAUUAGGAGUCCAUCCAUGUGUCGGUUGGAUGGAUCUGGUGAUAACUUAGUUUCUCAUCAAAACGUCUUCCUACACACGCCUUCAGUUUAUGCUAUCUUGUGUUUCUUUUCCUCUUUAUUAUUUUGUUUGCUCUGUAAAAUCCACGAAUCCUACGGUCAACAUUCAUGCUUUUGGCACUUUUUGAGAGAUUUUCUUGGCGAUUCCGGUAAAAAAAUAUGGAGCGUUUAACUCUGAUAGAAUUGGCGGGGCUGCCUGGUCUUUUUACUCCGUAUGAGACAGAAGUGGCGGGGCUACUUCGACAGGCCGUUCCGGGCUUUAUUUUAGCUCAGGCUCAGAAAAAAAGAAAAAGAAAAAGAAAAAGGGCGUCUGAUAUUUCCACCCGAAAAUCUUCUCAAAGGAAAAUAACAUCUAUCGUUCAAUACAAUUUGGUCGGCGGUCUUUCAGAGUGGAGAAUUUGCCUGUGUUAUUUAACCCGAGAUGGCCGGCCUUCUGAUUUGAAUCCGUCUGGUUGACAUAUUAUCCGAUUUCUAGAUUUCCAUCGAAUUAUAUAAUUCGGAAAUCAGCGGGCUUUUUUGGUCAAUGAUCUUCAUUCUGCAAUGCCUUGUGGCUAUGCUGUGGUAAGUCUCUCAUUUUUAUUUUUUCUGGUUGGAUUCCGCGCAGGUCCUGAAAUUGCAACAGAAGAUUCAGAAUCUACAGGCUGCCAAGUCCAAGUCGUAG